UUGUGUACCCACCCAGUCAUUCUCAACGUCGGUGGGGUCAUUCUCUGGACUCCCAAGGAGUCGAAAUGGUGACAGUAGGAGGCCAACGGAUGGGGCAUUUGAUCCGCAAACCCGGCGGAUUCCUGAUAUUCUCGAGCAUUCCUGGGCAUUGGAAGAACAAUGCUGAUAGUGUUAGAUUCCCCGACCUUGUUUUUCUUCCAGGCCAUCGUCCUCCUUCUCUUCCUGAUCCUCCUCUUCCGAGUAGCUCUCAUCUUUUUCUUUCUUCUCUUCCUCUACGCUCUUUCUUCCGACCUCGUUCAUCUCAUCCUUCUGCUUUUUUCUUCUCGAUGACCCCCACCAACUCCUCCAAUCCUGAUUCCAAUUGCGACGGAGCCGCCGCCCCUCAGUUAUCUUCCACCAGAACGGUUAGGGUCGCGAUAAGGGGUAGGGUCCAGGGGGUGUUCUAUAGGGACUGGACUGUGGAGAACGCGACCGGCUUAGGGUUGAACGGUUGGGUCCGAAACCGUAGGGAUCUUUCGGUGGAAGCUCUCUUUUCCGGGAGUCCUGAUAAGGUCGAUGAGAUGGUGCAGAGGUGCCGCCGGGGUCCUCCGGCUGCGAAGGUUACUGAUCUUGAGGUUUUCACUUCCGGUGACAACCCUGGCCCCGGAUUCGAGCGUAAACCCACCGUCUGACCGAUUCUAGCAAAAAAGAUUAGUAGCUACUUCCUUAUACUACUGUAUAUAGCGAUGCAUAUGUAGUGUUUUUUUCUAAUAAUUUUUUUCCUGAUAAAAUAUUCCUAAGGCAGUGUAAGGAAUGCAGUUGUACAUUAAAGAUUAUAACGUUAGUCAAUGUAUUCAUUGACGAGUGACUUCUUAUGAGAAUGAUAUGAUCAGUUCUUGA